AUGCAUGAUAUCGGCCGGCAGUAUCCGACUACGGUGGGAUAUGAUGAGUCGGCCUUCUACCCCACGGUGUCGCAGCUGUAUGGCGUUCCGCUGGACAGCAGACAGGCGUGGGCGGAGAGCGAUUGGGAAAUGUGUGCGGCGGCGUGUAGUGAGCCGAGGACGAGGCGGUUGUUUGUGAACGCAUUGGCGAGGUGGGUGAAUGAGACGAGUACGGAUAUGGCGCUGAUGGAUCAUUAUAUGACGACGGGGGAUGGGGGGUGUACAUCUUGUGCGUCUGUUGUGGGCAGGCAGUUUGCGCUGGAUAAGGCGCAGAAGAUGCAGGUUGGGGGUGGAGCAUGA